CACCUCAACCCUUAACACACAGAUACAAUGGGCAAGAAGAAGGUACUCGUUAGCUACGGAGUUGACGUAGACGCUGUAGCUGGCUGGUUAGGCUCGUAUGGAGGAGAAGACUCUACAAGUGACAUUAGUAGAGGACUAUGGGCCGGCACUGUAGGCACGCAGCGUCUACUGAAACUGUUCGACAAGUACAAUAUCAAAACAACGUGGUUCAUUCCUGGUCACUCCCUUGAGACUUUUCCCGAAGACUGUGCCGCCAUCCGCGACGCAGGCCACGAGAUAGGGCUCCAUGGAUACUCACAUGAAAACCCCGCAGACAUGACCUUCGAACAACAACGCGACGUCCUCGACAAGACCUACAAAAUGCUUACCGAGUUCUGUGGCAAGCCGCCCCGUGGCACUGUAGCCCCAUGGUGGGAAACCUCAAAGGAGGGCUGCGACCUGCUCCUAUCCUACGGCAUUGCAUACGACCACUCCAUGUCGCAUGAGGACCACAAGUGUUACUGGCUACGCACGGGCGACGAGUGGACAAAGAUCGACUACAAUAAGACGGCAGUGGAGUGGAUGAAGCCCCUCACAAAAGGGACAGAUACAGGACUGGUAGAGAUCCCUGGGAGUUGGUACAUAGAUGAUCUGCCGCCAAUGAUGUUCAUGAAGAAGAGUGCAAAUUCUCACGGAUGGGUUAAUCCUAGAGAUGUUGAGCAGAUCUGGAUGGACCACUUUGACUACUUCUACCGAGAGUACGACGAGUUUGUCUUCCCAAUGACGAUUCAUCCCGACGUAUCAGGGAAACCACAUGUCAUUCUUAUGCACGAAAGAAUCAUUGAGCACAUCAACAAGCACGAGGGAGUCGAGUGGGUUACAAUGGAGCAGAUGGCAGAUGACUUUAAGAAGAACAACACCGUACCAAAAGGCGCAAAGAUGCCGGCGCGACCUGGUGAGAUAUUGAGACUGCAGAAAGAGGGCAAAGCAUACUCUUUGAUCGAUUAUAAUGGCCCCAUUCCGCAGUAGGCUUUUCGAUACUACAAGCAAUAAACACGAUGAUCUCCUCAAAAUGCAACACUCGGAAGACG